AUGAGCGUUCCAUCUCUUGUUUCGAAUGACACUUUCAUCGUUGGUGGAGGUGGUCAAGAUGAUAAUGCGAUGGAGGGUCCAAAUCGAAUCAUCCCUACCAUCCAAUCCGCCACCAUCGGUAUUACGGAUAAAAUCCUGACUGGGAUUCCCAUCCGAGAAACGGCAUUCGUGAUAGAUAUGCAGCAGAUUGCCAUAAGCACUAAAGUCGCGUACGAGAAAGAGCUUGGUGGUCAUUGA